AUGAUGGACAAGUUGUCCGCCACGCCGGGCACCACUUCUCCGGAAAAUCCACUAACGACGAAGUCCACUGCUACGCCACAGGCGACACCCACACCACCGUUGAUGACAGGCGAACAGGCUUUUCCUAUGCAAUUUCAGAUGCCGUUCUUUGCAAACCCAUUCAUGUCUCCGUUCAUGCCUCAACAAGGAGUUGUUCCGGAUGGUGUAACUGCCGCUGCUGCUGGUGGCACAGCAACAAUGCCAGCAUUCUUUUUCUCUCCGGCUCAAUAUCAGGAGAUGAUGCAGCAGUAUUUUACACAUAUGAUGACCGCUAAUCAAUACGGCAUGAAUAUCGCAUUCCCUAUGCCGUUUGGUACGACUUUGGCUCGACCAAGUAGUCAGACGUCGCAGUCGGACAGUGUUGGUGAAGCUGUAAAUGGUAUUCACGAGAUACAUCUUGCUUCUGGGUCAUCAGAACGUGAGUUGGUUGCACAACCUGCUGCUGCAUGCCAGUCAGACUCUCCUUCGUCGUCAUCGGAUAAAAGUUCGAUCACUAAUGGAACAGAAGGUGCGGUCGAAGUCGCUGUCGAUAACCAUGGUAUUUCACAGGAACAUCAUCUUGGAAAAUCAAAUGGAAUCGGUUCUGCAUCUGAAAAGGAUUUGACAAGGAGUGAUGGGGAAGAUUCAUCUGGAACUCCGAAGAAGAAAUUGGAAAGAAAAAGCUCUCUACCUACAGAAGAUGAGAAAACUACAAGCCUCAUCCGAAAACAGAUGAGCGAAAUUGAGAAAGAAAUUACACGGAGGUCACAAAAUAAAAAUAUAAAGAAGAUAGACGAUCGUGAAUUGGCAGAACUAUUUGGAACAUCAUCCGUCGAGAACAAUCUUACUACUACGGCUUCCUUAUCUGCAUUGAACGAACACGCAACAUUCACACCGAACUUCCCGUCUGUCUCCAAUGAUUCACAGAGUGCCCUACCAUACACACCGACUGAAACGGAGCCUAAACCAGCACCUAAAGAGACUUUAAAUCAGCUCAGAUCAUCGUUCAACCUCCAAGAGCCUGCUACGGCACCACUUCAUGCUCCACAAAUGCAACCUGUAGGAAUGAACCAAAUUCCUUUUGUGCCACAACACAUGGCACCGAUUACCCACGGAAUGACGCCUUCAUUUCCCAACCAACCUGUCAUGAGUACUAUGACGCAACCAUUUGCUAUGGGUCAACCAUUCACUCCCGGUCAACCUUUCGUCAGUCCUUUUGCCCAUCCACAAGUGCCCUAUUCUAUGCAGUUCCAAAAUGGACCUAGUAUCACACAAGAACAACUGGCAGCAGCGUUUCUUCAACAAAAGCAGUACAGUGCGCAACCGGAGCCACCAACAUGUGCACAUGAGGCUGCUACGGGAAGAAGAACAUCUGACACAAUACCUAACAUUUCAUCUUCAUCCGGAGGAACCAUUGCUCCGCCUCCACCGCCGGCAAGACCUGUCCAUAGAAGAACAAGUCAGUCAGCGCAGUCCUGCUCGACUGAGUGGCCUGAUGAAAAUAAGGAAAACGGAUCCACAGAGGAGCCGGUUUGGGUACUUCGCGAGUCUUAUCUGAAGCGUAUGCAGCGCGAGCAAAAAGAGCAGGAUUGCUCUCACGAGUGGGAUGGAGAUGCUAAUCCAGCAGAUGCACCCUCUUUAGUGACAGCGGAAGUGCCCGCUGAAGAGGAUGAGAUGGAAACGGAUCGUCUUCUUCUUGGAGGGUCCAACGACUCUUCGCAAACGCCAUCAUCCACUGCAGGACAUGGAAAGAAGAAGAAUAGCAAAGAAACUAUGGUACAUGAACCUGCAGUUCUGAUCGAGGGAGUGCUGUUUCGUGCUCGAUACCUUGGUUCAACGCAGAUGAUGUGCGAAAGCAGAGGUAGCAAGGCGGCUAGGAUGGCACAGGCUCAAGAAGCUGUCGCAAGAGUGAAGGCGCCGGAAGGUGAGAUUCAGCCAAGCACGGAAAUUGAUUUGUUUAUUUCGACGGAAAAAAUCAUGGUGCUCAACACAGAUUUGCAGCGAAUCUCUGAUACUGACGUUCGACAGGACAUUUUGAUGGAUCAUGCCUUGCGGACAAUUUCCUACAUUGCUGAUAUUGGUGAUUUGGUGGUGCUGAUGGCGAGAAGGAUGUCUGCGAGCAGCAGUGAUGAGCAUUGCAAUCAGGUUGAUGGGAUCCGGAAGACUCCAAAGGUUAUAUGCCACGUAUUUGAGUCCGACGAAGCCUCUUUCAUUGCUCAGUCGAUAGGGCAAGCUUUCCAGGUUGCCUACGUGGAAUUUUUGCGAGCAAACGGCAUUGACGAUCCAUCAUACUUGAGACAGAUUGACUAUCAGGAAGUACUGAACUCUCAAGAGUUGCUGGGUGAUGAAUUAGAGAUGUUCGCUCGAAAAGAAACUCAGAAGGAUGUGGUGGUCCCAAAGAAAAGCGGCGAGCCUCUAGGAAUUGUAGUGGUGGAAUCUGGUUGGGGAUCAAUGCUUCCGACAGUGGUACUUGCACAUAUGAAUCCUUCCGGGCCAGCAGCACGUUCCAAUCUACUCAAUAUCGGUGACCAAAUCAUAAAUAUCAAUGGAAUUUCUCUUGUCGGACUUCCUUUGUCAGCUGCUCAAACGAAUAUAAAAAACGUGAAAACUGCUACUGCUGUUCGCCUCACAGUAGUGUCUACCCCACCUGUGGUCGAAGUGAGGAUCAGGCGACCAGAUACGAAGUAUCAGCUAGGAUUUUCUGUGCAAAAUGGUGUGAUAUGUUCCUUGUUACGAGGUGGAAUUGCCGAACGAGGAGGGAUUCGUGUCGGUCAUCGCAUCAUCGAAAUCAACAACCAAUCAGUAGUGGCAGUGGCUCAUGACCGAAUUGUAAACAUGUUGGCGACGGCAAUCGGAGAAAUCCACAUGAAGACUAUGCCAACGAGCAUGUUCCGACUGCUCACCGGUCAAGAUACACCACAAUAUAUUUGA